AUGGCGGCAACCGACUCCCCGUUGGUCAAUGGGCACAAGUCCGACAAGAAAAGCAAGAAGGACAAGAAGGAGAAGAAGCGCCUGCGCGAGGAGGAUGCCGAGGCUGGCGAGGAGCGCAAGCACAAGCGCACCAAGAGCAUAGGCGUGGCGCAGGACGACGAUGACGACGAUGAGUCUCCCGUGGCAUCCCAGGACCUUUCCCUGGCCGCCUUGACGAACACCACCAACGGCGAGCCGUCGCCCGAGAAAAAGAAGAAGAAGGACAAGAAGCACAGAAAGUCGGUAGGAGACGCCGCGGAAGAUGCGUCGGACGCCGAGCGUAAGGAGAAGAAGGACAAGAAGAAGAAGCGCAAGUCACAACACAAGGAGGCCGAGGACGACGUCGAGGGCUCCUUCGCCGAUGCCGCCGCCACACCGGCAAGCGAAAAGAAGGAAAAGAAGACCAAGAAGACCAAGGCAGCUACCCCCGAUCCCGUAGCCGAGAACGACGACAACGGCGAUGCCAUGGACGUCGACUCCCCGGCCAAGACGAAAUCAACAUCUCGAGUCCACCAACCCCCCGACGCGCCCUCCAAGCCCUCGUUCCCCUUCUUCACCCAGACCGUCUCCCUAUACCUCCCCCUCUACCCCGUAGGCUGGGACACGCCCUGUACGGCCGCCGCGUCGCAGCACCUCGAGCCGCUCGUGAACCGCUACGUCCCAGAGCUCAAGGGCGUCCUCCUCGCCUUCCGCAACGUUGCCGUCUCGGAGCAGCCCGGUCGCCGCCAUGCCGCCACAAACGACAGCGAGCACUGUGACCUCGUCUCCGUCGACGAGUACGCCGUCGGUUUCGGCUACGUCACCGUCGACGUCGACCUCUUCCUGCCCCGCCGCGGCGCCUGGAUGGAAGGCAGCAUCAACCUCGAGAACGAAGGCCACAUCGGCGUCGUCUGCUGGGGCAAGUUCAACGCCAGCAUUGAGUCGGCCCGCCUGCCGCCCGAAUGGCGCUGGGUCCACGCCGGUUCCGCCGAGGCGGCGUCCUACGUCGCCGACCCCUUCGACAACGACGACGACGACAACGCCUCGGCGCGCGCCGCUGAGGACGAGCACGGCGCCGUGCGCCAGAUCCAUACGACGGGUUUCUGGGUCGACGGCGCCGGCGACAAGGUCAAGGGCCGCGUCCGGUUCCGCAUCAAGGCCUUCGACGUCGGCGUUAGCGGCGACCACGGCUACCUCAGCCUCGAGGGCACCAUGCUCGACGCCGCCGGCGAGAAGGCCGCCAUCCAGCACGAUGCUGACCAGGAGCGCAGGCGCCGCGCCGGCAAGAGCGGCGGUAUCCUCUCCAAGGAGCGCCGCCGCAUGCCCGAGUUCAGCGUGACCAAGUUCGGCGUGGUCGAGGACGAGGAGGACAAGGCGCUGCGGCAGGACGUGUGGAACACGACGGAGCCGGUGACGGACAACGAGGCCGGGGGCAAGGAGGCGUUUACGGGCAUCUCGGCCGAGGAGGCGUAG